AUGCGUGAGGCAAUCUGCAUCCACAUCGGUCAGGGCGGCGUGCAGAUCGGCAAUGCUUGCUGGGAGCUCUUCUGCCUCGAGCACGGCAUCCAGCCGGACGGCCAGAUGCCAUCCGACAAGACGAUCCAGGGCCGCAGUGAUGCAUUUAAUACCUUUUUCAGCGAGACCGGGGCGGGCAAGCACGUGCCACGCUGCGUGAUGGUGGAUUUGGAGCCUACGGUCGUGGAUGAGGUCCGUACAGGCACGUAUCGCCAGCUUUUCCAUCCGGAGCAGCUCAUCUCCGGAAAGGAA